GGCUACUGGCCGGGGCGGGCCCGGCCGCCGCCAUCCUGCGGCGCGGAGCAUGGAGCGGGGGUCGCCACGGCUGCGGCCGCCGCCGCGCUUCUCGGAGGAGCAGUUCCGGGCCGCCUGCCGGGAGCUGGACGAGCCGGAGCCGGCGCCGGCGGGGAGCGCCUGGGAGCUGCUGGUGCAGAGCAUGGGCGUGCGCAUCUACCGGCGGCCGCACGAGCAAUCAGGACUUUAUGACUACAAAAUCUUUGGUGGUCUUGCUGACUGUCCACCAGAACUGUGUGCAAAGGUCUAUAUGGAUUUAGGUUUUAGAAAACAAUGGGAUCAGUACGUUCAAGAACUGUAUGAGAAAACUUAUGGUGGUGACAAAAUAAUCUACUGGGAAGUGAAGUACCCUUUUCCUUUCUCAAACAGAGAUUAUGUCUAUGUUCGUGAAUGUCGAGUGAUGGAUGUUGAUGGGCGGAAGAUCUGGGUUGUGUUAGCUCAAAGUGUGUCUGUUCCUCAGUGCCCAGAAAAGCCUGGUAUUGUCAGAGUUGAAAGCUAUAAACAAAGUCUUGCAAUUGAAAGUGAUGGCAAGACGGGAUCUAAAGUCUAUAUGUACUAUUUUGAUAAUCCUGGUGGCAUGAUUCCAUCGUGGCUGGUCAACUGGGCUGCCAAGAGUGGUGUGCCUGCUUUCUUGGAAGACAUGCAAGCAGCUUGCCGUAAUUAUUCCAGGAGCACAUAGACCACAUCAAGUUGAUCUGAAUUGUUUGAUGCACUUACAGGAAUGGCUAUCAUACAAUGCACUGGAUAAGAUCUGCCUCUAACACUGGAAAUAAUUUUGUUUUAGCUGGCUUAUGCCUUAAAUUUUAUUAGGCCUUUGUUUGCAUCUUGAACUGAAGAGCUAGCUAUCAACAAGGUAGUACUGAAGUCAGCUGCCUCCUUUUCGAGGUACUUAGUUUUUGUCUUGACCCCAUGCUUUAUGCUGAUUGUCUGUAGGUCAGCUAGAGGAAUUCUGUUCAUAAAAUACUACAUCCUCAGACAAGAGAUGCCAAUGACCUUGCUAGGAAAAAAUGUCUCAACUUGUCCUGAGAAUUCUGUGCAUGUGUUAUGCCUGGAUCUGCCUGUGUGGCCUUGCAGGGUGGCUUCCUUCUGAAAUUGAGUAAUGAAACUUGCAUUGUCUGAGUGGAAACACUUUUGUUACCUGGAUUGGUCAUUCCUAAAUUGUGUGCCUGCCAAAAGCCUAAAAGAUACUGAGGGUAUAUAGGUAAAUUACUUGAAGUCUGUCGUAGGAACUAGAACUGUGUAUUACUAAGCUUCCUUGUGAUGGCUUUAAGUCUAGAUAUAAAAGGAUAUGUGCCUAAGGCCUUACAUUGGGAUCUCAAUACCUCUAUAUCAGUUACCUUCCAUGUUUGAUUUAAUGGAAACAAGUUGUAUCUUCAGACUGAGUAACCUUACCUAUAAGGCAGCUUAGAUACCAACUUUGAGUUGGAAGUACUUCUAAGCUGGAUGCCUGCAACUAAUUUAGACUUUGUUUCCCUCGCUUGUGAGUGAACUUGAUGUGAAACUUGGGGUUGCUUACAUUUUUAAAUUUCAUGCUGAUGUACAGAUUGGAACUGUAUUUCUUGGCUGAUAAUCUUCCAAAAGCACAGCUGAGCAGGAAAUUAAAUUUGUAGCACCUCUGGGUGGGGGAUAGAGUGGAUCAAGGGUGAAAAGGCCUCAAUCUCAGGGAUUUAAAAUAUUCUGCAUCUUUGCUAAAUCUAAUCCUGCUUCUCAUAACUGGGUAGCUCUAUCUUGUUAAAAAAGAAAUGGUUGAAGUGACUGCCUUUAUGCGUUGUGUAAAUAUUUGUUUAAAUUAAAUCAUUUUUCUAUCCAUUGAAUGCAAUGCUUUUGUUCUAUCUCUCAUAUUUAAGGCUGGUCAUGCUGGGCAGGUCACAAAUAUGACAGGCUGAUAUCAUGUGCUGCUUCAUUUUUAAAGCCUUUUGGAAGAAUAACUUGGAUUCAUGAGAAUUAAGUAGGAUUCCCUGUGUACUGAGGAUGUUGCUGCCUGCAGUUCAUCCACUUUCCAAAUAUCUUUCUUAGCUUUGGAGACCAUUACUGAAUUGAAUAUUAUGGUGUUAGACAACUCUCAAUCCACUUUAAAUUUAGCUGUUACCUACUAGAAGAAAUUUGUUUGAAGAACACAAACAGCUAGAAGAAAUUCUGAACCAUCAUUUUCCUUAAUUGUCUGUAAUUUUUGCACCCAUGCACUUAUUGCAGCUGGAUCCAAAUUUUUACUUGUAUAUAUACCUAAAACAAACUACCAUCCUGUCACACCAAGGGUAUGAUGAUGUUUUACUUGAAUAUAUGAAACUUCAAAUUAUAGAUAUCCUUUCUUUCAUUUUUGGCAAUGUUUCCAAAAACUAAAUUUUGGGGGGAUAAUUCAGAAACCAUUUUUAGUAGUGUGUUAGGUAUUUAGGAGUUCAAAUGCCAUAAGCCUUCAAAGGAAUACCAAAAUAACUUUGGAACAAUAGAAUGGAUACAAGUUAUAUACUGGAGCAAAGGAGGAUCGAGGCAGUUUGUUCCAAAAGAAGACAGAAAGGCAAAACCAACUAUUCCCAGCCUGAAAUAACAGAAUUGGAAAAGUGAACUAGUUGAGGAAGGAUCUUCUUGGAACAAUGAUGCAAACUAAUGGAUUUUUGUAAUGCAAAUCUGCCUUAACUUCAAGAAUUGCAAGGUUUACAAGAAGUGUGUAGGUAGUAAGCUGGGCACGUGCACAGAGAUGAAUCACCUAGAGGUAGGAGGGGUUUUGUUUGUUUGUUUGUUUUCCUCCAACCAUUCCAUCAUUCUGUUUUGGUGUUUAAUAAAAGCAACCUUACAUGAGAA